GCCGUGCCAGGGGUUGGUGUCCGUCUGCUGAGGUGAUCUGGCGCAGAGCUGAGGGGGUGUUUGCCUCUGCGCUGGCUCCUCCUUUCUCCUUGCGGCCUGAGGCUGGCCCUGCUCUUGCGGCCCAAAUGUGGAUGACGCCCAAAAGGAGCAAGAUGGAAGUCGACGAGUCUGGAGUUUUCCGGCCCGAGUGGACCGAGCGUUACUUGAUGGAGAAGCCUGCGGAGGGCGACGGGGCCCUGUGCCUGGUCUGUCGCCGCCUCAUCGUAGCUACCCGCGAACGCGACGUCAGGCGCCACUACGAGGCUGAGCACGAAUACUAUGAGCGGUAUGUGGCGGAGGGCGAGCGCGCGGCCCUGGUGGAACGUCUGCGUCAGGGCGACGUGCCGGUGCCCUCUCUCAGUCCUGAGGAGAGGGCUGCCCGUGCAGGCCUCGGGAUCUGCCGCCUCUUGGCCUUGAAGGGUUGCGGCUGGGGUGAGGGGAACUUUGUAUACCAGUGCAUGGAGACACUGCUAAGAGAGGUACUGCCUGAGCACGUAGGCCUCCUGCAAGGCAUUGAUUUGUCUCCAGCGGUCACGAGACAGAGGAUCCUGAGCAUUGACAGGAAUCUACGCAAUCAGCUUUUUACCCGAGCCAGGGACUUUAAAGCCUAUUCUCUUGCCUUGGACGACCAGGCUUUUGUGGCGUAUGAGAACUACCUCCUGGUCUUUAUCCGCGGUGUGAGCCCUGAGUUGGAGGUGCAAGAAGAUCUUCUGACCAUGAUCAACCUGACUCAUCACUUCAGUGUCGGUGCGCUCAUGUCGGCAAUCUUAGACGCCCUGCAAACAGCAGGGCUUAGCUUGCAGCGAAUGGUUGGACUAACCACGACCCACACUUUGAGGAUGAUUGGUGAGAACUCAGGACUGGUCUCAUACAUGAGAGAAAAGGCUGUAAGCCCCAACUGUUGGAAUGUUAUUCAUUAUUCAGGAUUUCUUCAUUUGGAACUUUUGAGCUCCUACGAUGUAGAUGUUAAUCAGAUCAUAAAUACCAUAUCCGAAUGGAUAGUUUUGAUUAAGACCAGAGGAGCUAGGCGACCCGAAUUUCAGGCUUUACUAGCUGAGUCUGAAUCAGAGCAUAGCGACAGGAUUAAUGGACGAUGUCUGAACAAUUGGCUUAGAAGAGGGAGAACUUUAAAAAGAAUAUUUUCUCUAAGAAAAAAAUUGGAAGCAUUCUUGGUUUCAGUAGGGGCAACAACAGUCCACUUCUCAGACAGGCAGUGGCUUUGUGACUUUGGCUUCUUGGUGGAUAUUAUGGAACACCUUCAAGGGCUCAGCAAACAACUGCAAGUUAGUAAAGUCUUUGCUGCUGCUGCCUUUGACCAUAUUUGUACCUUUGAAAUUAAGCUGAAUUCUUUUCAGAGACAAAUAGAGGAAAAAAAUCUAGCAGACUUUCCUGCCCUCGGAGAAGUUGUUGAUGAGCUUAAACAGCAAAAUAAGGAAGAUGAACAAAUAUUUGAUCCUGAUAGGUAUCAAAUGGUGAUUUGUCGUCUACAAAAAGAAUUUGAGAGACAUUUUAAGGACCUCAGGUUCAUUAGAAAGGACUUAGAACUUUUUGCAAAUCCAUUUAACUUUAAACCUGAAUAUGCACCAAUUUCAGUAAGGGUGGAGCUAACAAAACUUCAGGCAAACACUAAUCUUUGGAAUGAAUACAGAGUCAAAGACUUAGGGCAGUUCUAUGCUGGACUGUCGGCCGAAUCUUACCCAAUUAUCAAAGGGGUUGCCUGUAAGGUGGCAUCCUUGUUUGAUAGCAACCAAAUCUGUGAAAAGGCUUUUUCGUAUUUGACUCGAAACCAACACACGUUGAGCCAGCCAUGGACAGAUGAGCAUCUUCAAGCCCUGUUUCGGAUUGCCACAACUGAAAUGGAGCCUGGUUGGGAUGAUCUUAUGAGAGAAAGAAAUUAAUCUAAUCCAUAAGCCUUUGUAGUACAACAUUGAAAAACUCAAGAAUUCAGUUCUAAAAGCAAAAAUUGGUUUGAUUUUUUUCAAGUUUACUAAUCUGAAUUGUGAGAAAGCAAGUUUAUUACCAGCUGUCCAAACUGAUCACAAUUCAAAUCAUUCUGACAGUUGCCUUUUUUUUUUUUUCAUCUCAAAUGGCAGCAUGGGACUGAAACAUGAGACUGCCACCUUUUAAACUUAGUUUAAUGACAAAGUCAUUGUGUUUUACUUUUACGAUAUAAUUGAUUUUAAAGAGGUUUUAGUAUUGGUAAUGUGAGUUGAAUUUGCAGUCUGUUUUUAAGGUGUUAUGAAGAUAAUAUGCCAAAUAUUUUAGCUCUUAUUUUAGUGAAGUGUUAAAAUUCUGACACAUAUAGUCUUAAAUUAUCAGCUCAAGUGUGUUUGAACCAGUUUGCAGAAACUCACAUAGCAAGUUCAUAAAUUUCCAGAAAGGAAGAACAUAACAUAUAGUGAAGGUAUUUUGUCUUAACUAUCAAAAUGUUUAAGACUAUUUUUUUUAAACAUAUUUCUGAGUUUGAAGUAAAUAUUGACAGAUUUCCUCCCUCACCACCCCUUCACCCACCCUAAUGGUAGUGAUAUUGCUAAUAGAGGAAGUACUCAAAUAAAAUUUUAGUCACAGGAGCAAGAAUCCUUUUUAAGCUGCUGAUUUAGGAGACUUCCUAUAAUUUGGAGAUAAGACUAACCAAUUUGGGGAGAUUUCCCCUUAAUUUUUUUUUACAACUAGGAGCUGUUUUAUCAGCUUGCCUAAUAAAGGACUAUGGUAAGUAGAGAAUCUUAAUGGUUGCUAGUUAGUAAUUCUUUUUUCCUACUCUAGACAAGUUUGGUCCUGUUAAAAAUAGGCAAGAAAAAGAUUUUUGUACUCCACAAUUGGAAGUGGGAGAUAUGUUAGCUUUUUUGGCCUAUCUGCAUGGGUGUUACUGCUUUAUUAAAAAAAAUCUUGCUUAAAGGAAAUACUUUAUUUUAAAAGUGUUAUCAGAUUUUGUUAGAUGUUCAAAAUUGAUUUAAUCUAGAAUUUAUAACUGUCCCAUUUAUUCUGCAUUUAAGUGCACAAGUAGAAAUAUUUAAGAAGCAGCCUUAUUCAUAGAUUGUAGUAAUUCCAUAUCUAGUAGCUUUGUGCCAAAACAGUAAUUUUCAAAUUUAUGUUAACCAUGAAAAGGCAAUUGUACAGUAAAGUCAGAUAUGUAAAACUAAUUAUAAACAACUCAACUUGUAUUUAUAGAUCAUCUCAAGUACAUUUUGAAACUCUUGUGCUAAAUAAAAUCCUGUCUUAACUAUUGCGAUGCAUUAUUCUAUGGUCACUAAUCAGCAGAUUCAAGGAACUAGAAUACAACCAAGAAUUUACAAGGAACUGGUGCCUGGGCAAUCAAAAUAGAUGCCAUAAGAGCCUAAGAACCAAAGUUCUGUCAGUGGUUUUCAACCAGGGGCAGUAACUCCUCCUUUCAGAGAGGAUGCUGAGAAAUGUAUAGGGGCACUUUUUUGGUUGUCACAUUUACUAGAGUCUUCUGCAGGCAUUUAAAUCUGAAGACCCCUACUUCCUGCAGUGCAUAAGACAGGCUGGCACAAUGAAGAAUUACCGCUCCCAAAAUGUAGAUUAUUUAAUUUUGAGGGACAGGGCAAAUUACCGGUAGAAGCAAAAUUAGAAGGGCACCUUGGGCACACUGACAGGGUAUUUGACAGGGGAAACUAACUCCAACAUACCAAGUUAGGUUGGUAAGGUGCGAUAAAGGCAUUGAUAAGUUCCAGUAGCUCACAAUCGCACUUAAAACUCAGUAAUUAAUUUUGAAUCAGAUUAAAGGGCUCUAUCCUGUUACACAUAAUUAGGGCAGAAAAACAAGUGUUGUAUAUUGACAAGAUACUUGUCAAGAAUAGUGAAGGUGAGAUUUUGGUUAAUAGUAUAAACUUAAAUAUCUGGAAAAAUAACACAGUAGAUAACAAAAAUAAAAAGCAACCCAAAAUCUACUGGCAAUUUUCCAGUAGUUUUGAAUAUUCUCCUUCCUGGCAGAUGCUUUAUUACUUGAGAGAAAGAUCGGGAGACCUAACAGGCACUUCUACCUUCUAACCCUGGUUCCUCAGAUAUUGAAAUCUUGUACAUUUUGUGAAGUUGCAGUAUGUUUUGCUUAAGGUGAUAAUAAAAUUAGUUUGCAUCAUAUAGUCACUGAUUAGGGGGAAGAUAUAAGCCAACUAUUUUAAAUUGACCCUCAACUAUAGAGAAUUUGCUAUAACUAGUCUUGUUUGUGUAAAAAGAAAAUGUAUAUUUUAUUGUUUUCUGUAUUAAGUAAUUCUGUAACUGCAUGGCAGUCUUUCAUUUUUUAUAAAUAUUAUAGUUGUUACUGGUCCUGUUGUAUCAGUGAAUAUAGUUAAAAUAAGCAUCGUUUUUUAAAACUCUGUGUCCUUACCAGUUACUGCCCUAUAUCUCAUUCCUACUAGUUUUCUUGAAAGAUUUGUGUUCCCAUUCUCCCAUAUUGCCAAGCUUGCUAAGUCUUUGUCAAUAUUCUUACCUUUUUAAAUAUUUGAGAUUACUUUAAUUUUGAGGAGAUACCACCUCCAGGUAUGCUUCCUCAGUCUUUUUUUCAGGCACCUCUUUCCUUAAAUAAUCUGUUCUUAGGAUUUUUAAAAAAAUUUGUUUUAGGCUUUGUUAGUCUAUAUCAUCUCCCUAGCUGAUCUCAUCUUCCAUGGCUUCAGUUACCACCUGUAUGCAAAUGACUUUCAAAUUCGUCUCCUUUCUAGACCUUUUCUAAUUUAUAUAUCUACUUGCUAACAUAAAUACACUUUGCUGUCUCACAGGUACUACAUGUCGUUGAUCUUGCCUCCAACACUGCUCCUCCUCUAAUGUUCCCUCUUCUAGUAAAUGGCACUACCACUACCAACUGUUCAUUUGCCCUUGCUCAAGCCAAAAACUGAGUUCAUGACUUCCCAAUUCUCCAUUGCUAGUAGUAUCCUAAUCAGGCCAUCAAUUUAAAUUAUAGCAACAGCCUCCUCAUUAGUCUCCCUUUCUCCGAUUUUUAUUCCUUCCCACACUGCAGCUGAAUUGUUCCAAAAGACUUGUGUGAUUAUAUCACUCUACUGCUUUCACCUUUGCUCUUAGGAUACAAUACAAAUUUUUCUUUAUCUUUUAGGUGUCUGUUUAUAUGCCAUUUCAUCUAGGAAGCUUUCAUAGAUGCCCUCUAGACUAGGUGCCCUUACUGUGCACUCUCUAAACACCCUGUUCUUCCCUAUAUACGUAGCACAUUUUAUUGUUGCUUACUGCUUAUUGAUCACUGCUAGACUGUAAGCUUUAUAAGGGCAGGGACCAUAUAAGCCUUGUUCACUGUCUUCUCUCUAGUGCUUAGCACAAUGCCUGGCAUUUCAAUAAAUGUUUGGAUAAAUGAA